AUGACCGCUCUCUCAAAGCCUCGUCUGGUCACUACAGGCCACAAGGAAGACGGCACCUCAAUAUUUACUUCUGAUCAUGUCCUCGAGCCAUUUGCUCCUUUCGGACCCACCCUGAGCUCCUUCUCUGUCUUCGAUGCGCGUGCAGGAGUUCCGGUCUCAAACCAGGAACUGGGGCAGGACAUGUCCAAGUCCAUUCCACGCUGUCCGCCCAACGGGGUCCUCUUCGCCAUCAGCAACAUUCCUCCUCAUUUCAGCGUGCCCAUGCAUCGUACCUUGAGCUUGGACUACUGCAUCAUCAUGUCUGGCGAGAUCGUGCUCGAGCUGGAUGGCGGGGAGGAGAAGACCCUCAAGGCUGGCGAGUUUAUUGUGCAGGGAGGUGUGAACCAUAGGUGGCACAAUCGUACAGACGAGGUUUGCCGCUUUGCAUGCGUGAUGGUUGGCGCCGAAAAGGUGAAGUUAGCGGAUGGGGAGGAGCUCGGAGAGACUGUUAUCAAGAAGCCAAACAGUGCAUAG